AUGGCGGACGCUCCUUCCUCUCCAGCAACAAACCUAGAAUCCAAUCCCCAAUCCGAUACCCCCAAACCCCAGUCUAACCAACCGGAUCCUGUUCCCGCUUCCACACCACCGCCAUUAUCGUCAUCAAUCCCCAUCCCCGUAAACCCUAAUUCUAAUCCGCCUCUGGUGUCUCUGCCACUGCCGCCGCCGCCUCCUUCGAUCUCCUACGCUCCACAACAGGUCUCCGGUGCUGGACCUCCGUCGGCGCCGUCGUUUCGGCCGGUUCCUCAGUUCUCUCCAAUACCGAGCCCCGGCGUGCCCAAUCCGAAUUAUCAAAACCCCGGUGUCCAGCCGCCCGGCGUGAGCUCUGGGUCUCCGAUGGCUCCCGGUGUGCCCCCGCCGUCGUCGGUGCCGCCGCAUAUGAUGCAUUACCAGAUGCAGCCCAUGAGAGCGUACGCGCCGAUGCCUAAUGGAUACGCGGCCAUGCCCACCGGUGCUCCUCAAGGCGCCAUGCCUCUCCCUGGUGGGUUUUUGCUUCUGUGUACAUCUCCUACGAUGCUUUCUGGUAGUUUUAAGGAUACUUUCCCUUUUCAUGGGUUUAUGAAUUGCCAGAAGCAGACCAUGUUUGCAACUGACUGCUCAUUGCCCUUGUGUUCUAAGGUUAUCUGUUCAGCUGGUGGUAGUUGCCAUGCCUGUGCUGCCAUCUCUAAUAUGCUUUUAAUGUGUGGACUUGCUCGUUAUCCUUCUCCAUAUCAUGCAAUGCUUCGGCCUGCAUUUACUCCGCGUCCACCAGGAGCAAUUGGUUCGCUUCCAGGUUUACCACGUGGCCCUGUUCCUGGGAUUCCUGGAGUUCGCCCAAUUAUGCCCCCUGUUGUUAGGCCAACUCUUCCUAGUGUUACUCCAGCUGAGAAACCACAAACCACUGUUUAUGUUGGGAAGAUACCACCAACCGUGGAUAAUGAUUUUAUGUUAUAUCUCCUCCAGUUAUGUGGACCUGUCAAGAGUUGGAAAUGUACUCAAGUUCCUACGGAUGCGACUCCUAGAGGGUUUGGGUUUUGCGAAUUUGAAUCUGCUGAAGGAGUUCUUCGUGCAUUACGCCUUUUGAGUAAAUUUAACAUUGACGGGCAGGACCUUGUGUUAAAUGUUAACCAAGCAACGAGAGAAUAUCUGGAGCGGUUUGUUGAGAAGAAAACUGAAAACUCAAAGAAGCUCAAAGCAGCUGAAGCAGCUGAGAAAGAGGAUGAAAGUGCACUAGGUGUUGAGAAGAAUGUAUCUUCAAAUCCUGCUGUAUUGGACUCAAAGGAGGAGGAUAGUAAUUCGAGUAACAAAGAAAAUGAUGCUGCCAAUUUUGGAAUUGUGACUGACGAAGACAGAGAAGCUGACCACGAAGCUAUGGAGAAGCUUACAAGCUUGAUAGAGGAGAGGUUAAAAACCAAACCUCUCCCUCCACCACCCACACCAGCUCCUGGCAAUGGCACUGGGAAUUCAAACUCAGAGUUGCCAGCUAAAUCAAGGGAUGGAGACUCUGAUGUUGAUAUAACGCGAAAUGAUGCUUCAGAAGAAAAAAAUGAUGAAGAGACAACUAGUGACAACAAAGCAACAAGUGAGCAGGAUAGGCCUGAAACAAGCUCACCUGACAGGAAUAGAAAGCAAGAUAGGAGGAGUAGAGACAAAGAGCGAGAUCUGAAACGUGAAAAGGAGCGUGAGAUUGAAAGAUAUGAAAGAGAAACAGAACGAGAACGGGUACGGAAGGAGAGGGAGCAAAGGAGAAAAAUUGAGGAUGCUGAGCAUCAGUAUGACAAAUGUCUCAAAGAUUGGGAGCAUAGGGAAAGGGAGAAAGAGAAACAAAGGCAGUAUGAGAAGGAGAGGGAGAAAGAAAGGGAACGCAAGAGGAAGAAAGAGGUAAUCUAUGAAGAAGAUGAUGAGGAUGAAGAUUCCAGAAAAAAGUGGAGGAGGAGUGCGCUGGAGGAGAAGAGAAAGAGGAGACUACGGGAGAAAGAAGAUGACUUGGCUGACAGGCAGAAAGAAGAGGAAGAAAUUGCUGAGGCUGAGAGGAGGGCCGAUGAGGAAAAGCAACUACAGCAAGAAAGAGAUGCAUUGAGGGAUUUAUCUGUCCAUGUAGCUAAUGGAAGCGAACAAGCGGCUUUGGCUGAAGAAUCCUUUGUGGAACUGAGAGAUAAGGCUACUGAACAGAAUAAUGAGGGUGAUUCUUCUGGUCAUGAGAAUCAUAUGGGUUAUGGGACUUUACAGAAUGGUAACAGUGGUGAUGAGUCAACAAUGACAUCAGUUCAUGCAUCAGAACCACAGCAGAGUGGCAGUGCCCCAGCAAAAAAGUUGGGUUUUGGCCUCGUCGGGUCUGGAAAACGCACUGCUGUUCCUUCUGUUUUCAAUGAGGAGGAUGAUGAUGCACACAAGGACAAAAAAAUGAGGCCACUGGUUCCCAUUGAUUAUUCAACUGAAGAACUGCAGGCUGUCCAACAAACAGCUUCUGGGCCUCCAUCAAAUUUGGCUGCAGCUGCAGAAUUCGCAAAGCGAAUUUCAAAUGUUAGCUCUAGGGAAGAGAAACCAGAUAUAGAUAAGGAAAGAAAUAGACGUGCUAAUGAUAGGUCGAGCCAACGGGAUAGGGACAGGAGUGAUGAUGACACUAUUCGCACUAGAGAUGAGAACAAGGAGAAGACUGACCGUGAUACCGAUCGAGAACAUGGGCUGGAUAAACCAAGGACAACGGAUAACAAAAAGCUUUUGGAUGCGAAACAACUGAUUGAUAUGAUUCCAAAGACGAAAGAGGAAUUAUUCUCAUAUGAAAUAAAUUGGGCUAUUUAUGACAAGCAUGCACUACAUGAGAGAAUGAGACCAUGGAUUUCAAAGAAGAUUACAGAGUUUCUAGGAGAGGAAGAGACCACACUGGUAGAUUACAUUGUAUCUAGUACUCAGGAACAUGUGGGAGCAGAACGCAUGCUACAGCUGCUUCAAUCCAUUUUAGACGAGGAAGCUGAAAUGUUUGUUCUCAAGAUGUGGAGGAUGCUCAUCUUUGAAAUUAAGAAGGUUGAGACAGGUCUUGCUUCAAGAACAAGAGCAUGA